UCCUCCUUCUUCUUUUCUCUCAGGGUGCGAGUGAACGCAAAGGGUGAUGCCAGGAGAGCUUGAAAGAAAGCGAGGAAACAAGCCGCACUCCGUCCAGCAGCGUCCGCAUCCCUUCAUCAGCCUGCGGAGCUGAUACCUCAGGUCGGACAGUCCCUACUUCUUCUUCUUCUGCUUCUUCCUUCUACUUGUCUUGCUCUGACAUUGUUUCGGAUGGAGACAUUUUACAGGUGAAGGCACGGAAAAGGAACGGAGCUGUCCCAACUCCUGUUAUUUCGGAGAGUUGACAUUUUUCGGAUCAGGCUUCUGAUCUGCAGGACUGAGCAGGUUAAGAGGACUAUAUUUUAUUUUUUUAUUUUUGUGGUUUCACGAUGCGGCGAAUGGUUCGGCUUCGUAUCGGACGGGGUUGAGUCGAACUUGGGAGUACUCUCGGACUGGGACGGAGGCAUCAGGAGGAUACUGGUAUUGGAUUCUGGGUGGAUAGCAGCAUGACUUGUCCCAGCAGAGGAAGAGUGACGUAUCAAAGCUUCACCUGAACCUGACUCCCAACCAGAAAACAAACCAAAAAAAAAAAAACAACAGAAGGACAUUUAAAGGCAAACGAUCCAAACGUCGGCGGGCAGCAGUUGUCAGAUUUGGGUGGGCUUUUGAAGGAUCCACCCUUCUGCCCUCCACCUCCUCCUCUUCUUCCUCCCUUCCUCUCCCUCCUUUUCUGCCUUUCUCCACCCGUCGCUUCGGUCCAUCCUCAGAAGCCCCCUCCUCCGCUCUGCACCCCUCCCUCAGCGGUGCUCCGUCGCCCUGGGUGAGCGGGCAGGGGGGUGGCCCACGGUACCCCCCGACACCUGGGCGCCACCGAGCCGCCAGAGGCUGGUGAGGCGGCGGCAGGGUCAGCGCUGGGAAGAUGGCCGCUCUCGCCAGCUCCCUCAUUCGCCAGCGCAGGGAGGUCAAGGACCCCCAGGCAAACCGGCAGAUCGCCAGCAAGCGCAAGCCCUGCCCGAAGAGCAACAAGUCGCUCUGCCAGAAGCAAAUCCUCAUAUUAAUAUCAAAGGUUCGACUAUGUGGCAGUCGAGGGAGAAAAAUGGAAAAAAGACCAGAGCCCCAGCUGAAGGGCAUCGUCACGCGGCUCUACUGCAGACACGGCUUCUACCUCCAGAUGCUGCCGGAUGGCACCAUGGAAGGCACAAAGGACGAAAGCAGCUCCUUCUUGCAGUUCAACUUGAUUCCUGUGGGGCUCAGGAUAGUGGCCAUCCAGAGCACCAAGACAGGGCUCUACGUUGCCAUGAACAGCGAGGGCUACCUCUACACUUCGGAACACUUCACACCUGAGUGCAAGUUUAAGGAGUGCGUAUUCGAGAACUACUACGUCACCUACUCGUCCAUCCUGUACAGACAGACCCAGUCGGGGCGGGCCUGGUACAUCGGCAUCAAUCGGGACGGACAAGUCAUGAAGGGGAACCGUGUCAAGAAGACCAAGGGAGCUGCUCACUUCCUGCCCAAACUUAUUGAAGUGGCCAUGUACAGGGAGCCCUCUCUACACGACGUCGCUGAGCAGAGUCCACCCAGAAAAACGCCCAAGACCUCCAGUGACUCGCCCGUGCUGCAGAACGGCAAGAAAGACCCUCAAUCCAAAACCAAAACCUCCUCCUCCUAGCGCUCAGAGACACGGGGGUGGGAGGGAGAGAGGAAGGAUGGAUGACACGGGGCACCGACGGACACCUGAACAAGGUUGUUAGGGCUCCCCGCCACCUGCUGCCUGUUAACACUGACCCCCCACAAUGCACUGGUGUAAAGUCGGGAGCGAAAGGGUCCAGGCAGAGUGGGAGCUAGCCAACGGGACGCCCCCCCCUUUUACCUUCACAGACCCUCCCCACCCCCUCACCUCUCUAAUCCACACCAGCCCUCCACCUUCUUACUGAAUAACCUCUGUGAUGAGCAGAGCCUGGGAUAUAAAAGCAAUAACUCCAUGAAGAGGUGAACAGUGGCCUAGCAUUGUAUAGCAUGUCACCAUGUUUAAAAACCAGCUGGAAGGACAUCCGCCUUCCAGCCGUCAUCAGCGACAUCCUUCCGGUUCAACCAAAUAUCCGAGCAAAGUCUUCCUGGUUUCUACCACAAUGGGGUGCGACGGGGGGCAAAAUCCGUCCCUCUGCAGCGCACACUUUACAAAUGGGUUGUGUUUUUAUUUCCCCGAAGGGUUUCAUGCUAAUGUUAGCUCGACACGGAGCCAUUCGAAUGCGAGGCUGUCACGGAGACCCUUAGCUCUGCAGCCAUCUGCUCAGUCCACAUCUUCUGUGUGUGUCAGCAACUUUUGUGAGAUGGCCUGAAUACUUGUCAGCCCUAUUUGUGUGCGUGUGUGUGUGUGUGUGUGUGUGUUCCCUUCUUCUUCUAUUCACCUUUGGCACGAUUUGAUUAGUUUGUGACAUGGACUCAAUUUUCCACUCUGCGGCACAAGAAAACCCCUCCCGUCCUCUCCGGCUCUGUUAAUGGAGUCUGGGGCUGAUCAGAAUCUUUCGACCCUUAAACGAGGGGCCAAGAGCUCCCUCGGCGCAACCACACACACACACUCAUUUACACAAUGACAUUUACCAACACUCGCAAGAGGUGUGUGUGUACUGCGCGCACACACUCCGGCGGGCCCCCCUCCGAUGUCCAUGAGCGACGACCGCGGAAAACGAUCUCACGACUUAACACACUUAACACAAUGACACGCGUUAACACACACACACACACACACUUAUGAAUGCUGGCAUACGUGCCGACACAGCGGCGAGUGUGUGUGUAUGCCGGUUCUGGGAGAUGAUGAGGAUAUUAUCAGUGAGAUGGGGUAGUGAUGGAGCCUGACUGUGUAGCUUGUGAUUGCAGUGCGAUGGCUUUUUUUUCACUGCGGCUGGUCAUGCAUUGCACAAAACCCUCAAGGCCCUCACAGUAUGUGCAGACCCUCUUUCCCACUGUGGUGUUCUUGGCUUCAAAAUAUAGACGUGAAAUAUGCUUUUGUUUAGUUGAUGCAUCCAAAAUGUCCUGCCAUCUUAUAGUGACUUUUUUUUUAACUGCCUCUGCAGAUUACUCGCUGCCCCGUCACUGUCUGCAAGCCAGAAAUACUCCUCAUGCUGUAUUCCUAUCAUAGAAUAUGCUUUUGGAUUACAGUGUUCAAACAUUUUAAAGUCAUAUAAAACAGCUGUCUAGUGACCUGACCUGAUUUAACCUGCCAAAUGUGAAACCAAAACUCGAUCCAAGUCAUACAAGCUCCAUUUUCAUUCAUUGCUGACUGUUAAG